AAUGAAGAAAGCUAUGUUGACAAUAGAGAGGUACCAACGUAAGCAUUUGCCCUCGUUUGAUGACAAAAGUUCGGCUGAAGCAUCCGCCGAACUUAGGUUCGAUAUAGAUGGAUUGGUACGGAAGCAGUGUUUUACCGAGUUUAAGUCUUGGAAAAUGGUGCCUGUGGACUUGAAGAACUCCAUGGUGCAGGAGUUAUUGGUUUGGGAUAUUGAUGAAACCGAUGAGAAGCAGUGGAAGUAUGUGGACGUCCUUUUCAAGAUGCAGUUUUGGCAGUGGAAGUUCAAAGUACAUCGGGCUGCAAAGCGUGCACGAGCUGACGAUGCCGCUACUGAUGUCCUUGCUGAUGACCAAGAGGAAGAGUGAACUUAAUUUGUUUUUUUUUUUUUUUUAUUGAAUAAGAUUUAUUUGAACAUUAUGUUGGACUUUAUUUUUAAAAUUUAUCUUACAUGGACGACUUAAAGUUUACAUUAGUUAUAAUAUAUAUUUUUGUUAA